GAUGAAUGUGUGGACUGAAUUAAAUAGUGAAUCGUAUCAACAACUACAUCAUGAAUUACUUUAUAGACCCACAAGACGAGAACAAAAAGCUGAACUUGAAUCAAAUGGUACAACUUUUAAAAAGUCGACAAACUAUGAACAUAAAGAUAAAAUAUAUCUGGAUUACACAUUCGAAAGUGGUUCAUUAAUAAAUUUUAAAAAAGAAUAUCGUCAAAUUUGGGAACAAUACUAUGUCCAUCCUGGUUCACGUUUAAGAAAUACAAGACUGAUUCUUGUUACUAUAUUAAAUCGAACAUUGCAAAGUCUUUUAAUUCACAAGAAACCAAAACGAGAUAUAUAG